GGUGCGUGACAACCACUCCACCUUUGCCAACGUAUAACACUCCACAGACGCAAAGAAGAUGAAAUCGUUGUGAUUCCGAUUCUCUUUUUCGAUUCUUUCUCCAACUUUCAAGUUUCCGAUUGCUUCUUCGUCUUAAACGCCGUUUCAUUCGUCAUCGAGAUCGGUACGUAUAUUCUGUUGAGUUGUAACUGUAGACGGCAGAUUAGAGAUGAAGGUUUUCGUGAAAACAUUGAAGGGGACUCACUUCGAAAUCCAAGUGAAACUCGAAGAUACGGUUGCUGAUGUGAAGAAGAAUAUAGAAUCUGUUCAGGGACCGGAUGUUUAUCCAGCUGCACAACAGAUGCUCAUUCAUCAGGGUAAAGUGCUAAAAGAUGGCACCACCUUGGAAGAAAACAAAGUUUCUGAAAAUAGUUUUAUCGUCAUCAUGUUGUCAAAGAGCAAGAGCUCUUCCGCUGAAGCUUCAACAGCAGCAGCUGCCCCCAAGGAGCCUCAGACAAGUACCCCUCCUCCUGCUGCUCCAGUGCCAGCAACCCCGCAGCCUCCUGCAACUGUGACUCCGCCUGCAUCUGUUCCUUUAUCGACUCCGGCCUCAGACACAACAUCCGUCGUGAAUGCUCCGUCAGAGAAUGUGUAUGGCCAAGCAGCAUCACAUCUGGUUGCAGGAAACAAUUUGGAGGGUGCGAUCCAACAGAUUCUUGAUAUGGGUGGAGGUACUUGGGACAGGGAUACAGUCAUUCGUGCACUUCGUGCUGCUUUCAACAAUCCUGAAAGAGCUGUCGAGUAUUUGUAUUCUGGCAUACCUGAGGCAGCUGAACUUCCUCCAGUAGCUGGAGCUCCAGCAGUGCCAGGUGUCCAGGCUGCAAACCCUCCAAUUCAUCCCUUGCAAGCCGCACAACCAGCGGCUCCUCCUCCAAGUGGACCAAAUGCAAACCCCUUGAAUCUCUUUCCUCAGGGUCUUCCUGAGAUGGGUGAGAAUGCUCCCGCAGGUGCUGGUGGCAACUUGGAUUUCCUGCGCAACAGUCAACAGUUUCAAGCUUUUCGAGCGAUGGUGCAAGCUAAUCCACAAAUCUUACAGCCGAUGCUCCAAGAGUUGGGUAAACAAAACCCUCAGCUGGUGAGACUGAUUCAAGAACAUCAAGCUGAUUUCCUUCGUUUGAUCAAUGAACCUGUGGAAGGCGGAGAGAAUGUACUUGGACAGCUUGCUUCAGGGAUGCCUCAGGCUGUAACAGUUACACCUGAAGAACGUGAAGCUAUCGAACGUCUUGAAGCAAUGGGAUUCGACAGAGCACUAGUAUUGGAGGUGUUUUUUGCGUGCAACAAGAACGAAGAAUUGGCUGCCAAUUACCUGCUAGACCAUAUGCACGAGUUCGAAGACUAGUGUCGUUGUGGUUAUUUUAAUCUUUGAAUCCAAAGCGUAUGCAGUUGCUCACUUAUCUUUUCAUUUCCGAGUGCAUGCGUAUACUUUUGGAUAUUAAAAUUGAAAAAAUGGUCUUGGUACCUUUGCACUUCCUUUUCUUGUUGCAGUCUAAUAACAUUUAUUGCCCUCAUUCAUCAACUGUUAUGCAUCACAAAGUUAAGA